UUUCUCAGUCUUCGAUGCAUGCAUGGUGUUGCAGUCUUAUACGCUGUAAUGAAGAGCUAAUAAGAAGUGAGAUAGCUGUUGUGGCAGGUUGGACAGACAGAGCAGCUGGAACAGUUUGUGAAACUCUUGAAGUUUCAACCCGACAAGACUCUCCUCUGCACACCCGGCUUCAAUCUGGUGAUCACUCCUCCAUUGUGAGCUCGCCUGUCGGCCAAUCAGCCGGCGCCCUGCAGUGUUUAAACCCCGGAUCCGGUAGCAGAUUUUACAGAAAAACAAAGCCAGUGACCCAGAGAGGAAAGGUUGAGAAGCCGCAAACAAGACGCUCCUGUCUAAGCCCAUUGUUUUGGACUGAGAACACACUCAUCUCAAAAAUCCAGUCAGCAUAACAAGAACCAACGGUCUGCCUGCUGAUACCCUCCAAGGUCACCGUGAACGUUUCCACGACCAGUUCCACAGCCUGAAGACCUUCUUCAACAAAGCCUGAUCCACAUCCCCAAGCUACCUGAUGACAGACGGUGUGAACGGCGUCUUGUUGGACUUGAAUUCAACUGAAUUAUGUGGAAAUAUAGGAAAGACCAAUAAUCCAAACAGAUGAGACGCCUCGCCCUUCUCUGCAGCUACUGUUCUGAAUCGACUGCAAUGUAAUACGACACAAAAUCAGUUGAAGUAAUAAAGGGAGGUGAUAACACUGAAAAUGAAGAAGUGCCUCUUCCUCUCCUUCCCUUGUGUUUUACUGCUGUGUCUUUACAAUGGCUGGCUGAGAAGACUCGGCAGUCUGACAGCCAUAAAUCCAACCGCCGUCUGUAACCGCGGCAGCAACAGCAGCAGAAAUGUAACCAUCUUGUUGUGGUACUGGCCCUUCGGCAUGUCUAAUAAUCUGGAGGGUGACGUGUGCUGGGACCUCUACCGCAUCCCUCACUGCAGACUGGUGGACAAGCGCUCCUUGUUCUCUUCGGUUGAUGUGGUGGUCUUCCACAACAGAGAGCUGAUUCAGGGACGCCAGAAACUGCCGUUAGCUCUUCCACGGCCACAGUGCCAGAGGUGGGCCUGGAUGUCCCUGGAGGCCCCCGUUCACAAUGGAAACUUGCGACAGUUUGCAAAUAUUUUCAACAUGACGAUAACCUACAGGAGGGAUUCUGACGUCGCUGCACCAUAUGGCAAGCUGCUACCAAAGGAGACCGGAGGACAUCCGGUGGCAAACGACCUUCGGAAUAAGAGCUCUCUGGUCUGUUGGGUGGUCAGCAACUACCAGAGGCACCAGAAGAGAAGCCAAGUGUACAGCGAGCUCAAUGCCGCAGCUCCUGUGAAGGUUUAUGGGCAAUGGACAAAGAACAGCCUCUCCUCCACUGACCUCUUACCGACAAUCUCUCGCUGCUACUUCUAUUUGGCCUUUGAGAACUCAUUGUCCAAAGAUUAUAUCACGGAAAAGUUGUGGAAGAAUGCUUAUCAAAGUGGGGCAGUUCCUGUUGUCCUUGGACCGCCGCUGACCGAUUACAAAGCUGUGGCCCCACCUAAUUCCUUCAUCCACAUUGAUGAGUUUGCGUCGGUAAAAGAGUUAGGAAAGUAUCUACAAGAGCUGGCAAAGGACAAGAAACGCUACGAUGAAUAUUUCACCUGGAAACAAGAGUGGAACGUGAAACUGUACAUAGACUGGAGAGAGAGACUCUGUAAGAUCUGUUUACAGUACGACAGUUUACCUCGGCAGAAAGUGUACUCUGAUUUAAGUGCCUGGGCCAAUUCUUAAAUAAGAUCUGAGUUGGAGCAGUUGUGGCUCAUUAUUAAUAAAUGAAUGAUAAAUGUUAUCCCAUUGGUUACACAGACAUCAUGCGUUUCCGCAUUAGGAUUAACAUGGUUUCUUUUUAAUGUUAUUUGUGAUGCAGUUGCCAUUCUUUUGCUGUGCUACUUGAAUAAAUUAAAUCACAUCCCAGAGACUCAGACAACAUUUUCCAAACAUUUUGAGGCAUUUCUUCAUUUAGCAAUAAUCUCUUACAGAAGUAUUAAGAUAAUUUGCUUUGGUGAUUCAACUUGUGGUCAGAAGCAUCCAGUUUGGAUGAAUUAUCUUUAAGAUGUCUUUAUCUUGACUGUAACUCGAGUCCACCACUGGCAAGUUGACUUUACUGGUUACGGUUUAGAAACGCACAAUCCUGUGUAAAUGUUCACACAAGCCACCCUGCAUAUCAGGACACAAACAUGCCAUAAAGUCCCUAUAGUGGUGAUGCACAAGUCCCUAUGGUGAAGCAUGGCAGUGGCAGCAUCUCAUUCUGCCUUGUUAUCCUAGUUUUUUGUGUAUUUGUCUAUUUCUGUGUAAGUACGUUGAGAGCAACGGAAAAAAAACAGUCAUAUUCCUUGUAUGCGUACGCAUACAUGGCCAAUAAAGCUGAUUCAAUUCAA